AUGAAUAUAUACAUUCCAAAAUGGAUGCUUGCUGCGUUUGUUGGUGCAGCACCAAUGCUUGGAAUUGUAUUUUUGAUAUUAUUUUCAUGUACACUACUUGGUCUUGUACAACGAUGUAAAAUAAGUUUAACAAAAUCAUAUGCAAAUCGACGAAAAAAUUUAACAAAUGAUCAAUUAUUAACAGAAAAUGAAAAUUUAAAUCCUUUAAUAUUAUUUACACCAACAUUAAAUACACUUAUUAUUUCACCAUUUGAUGAUAUACCAAUGAAAGAUAUUGAUGCUGAAUCAUCAUUACAAGCAUAUUCAGAACCGAAAGAUAUUUCAAAUUCUUCGAAAUAUCGACGAAGUCAAAGUAUAAAUAAUUCUUUAACAGGAUCCGAUUAUGAUAAUGCUUCAUCAAGUAUUUUUGAUGAUAAUGAUUAUGAACAAGAUCGUUUAUCACUUAUUGAAACCUCAUCACAACGUCGAAUAGCAAUAAAACAACCAAAAUCACCCGAUACAAUAAUUCAUGUAUAA